AUGAGUCUGGAAGGCCUUGCUGACGAGCUCCUGCUUGAAAUUCUCGAUUACGUCUCAAUCCGCAACCGCUGGGACUUCGACUUCAAGACUUGGCAAGGCAACGGUGAGAUUCAGUCUCGUGUGCGCACUCUGCACAAUGUGUGUCUUGUCUCCCGCCGGCUCCAUCGCGUCGCCAACCAUGUGCUGUACAAUGUCCUGGUUGACGGGGCCGUUGCCGCUCGCCGAAGGCAAUUCAUCCAAACCGCUGUCAGACGCCCAGACCUGGCCGCCCUCGUAAAGGAAGCCCGCUUUGCGUAUUUCGACUGGCAGGACACCCUCAAUUUCUCGGGCAUCCCAUUGGAGGACGAGUACUCGGAGAUCCACGAAGCGGCCAAAACCCUGGACAUUGGCGACGAGCGCGAAUGCGCCUCUUUCCAGAGGGACCUGACGCAAAACUUCAACAGCGCCGAUGUCGCCCUGCUGUUUAGCCAACUCCCGAGCCUCGAGACCUUGGAGUUUGAGGUUGAUGAGACGUGGUUUCACACCUGGAAAUGGUUUUUGUGCAUGGCUAGGCGGACGGCAGAGAAGGGAUCUGGUCCGCUCUCGUCGUUGCGCCAUCUCAGGCCAAGGUAUGGGAAUGAGAAUGCGUCUGGCUUCAACCCUCUCUUCAUCCAGGACUUCGUGGGGUUGCCUUCGCUGAAAGCCAUAGAGAUGUCUGGCACGUGGUUCGGGGAAAGGGACGGCGACCGCGAUCUCUCCCUGCAGGCCAACAGCCGCAUCGAAACACUCGCGUUUUGGAAGUCCUGCCCGGGUAAUGCAUUUAUUGAAUCCGCGUUGAAGGCCUUCACUCAACUAAAGGCAUUCCGUUUUACCUACGGAAGUUUCCCAGCAGUAGCUACUUCGUAUGCCGAAACACAGGAAUUUCACAGGGUGCUCAGCACGCGGGACGAUACUCUGGAACAUGUCUCGAUACUGGUGUCGGACGGAUGCGGAGUCUUCAGGGAGAUGGCCCGGCGAAGCUUCAUUGUGCCGCGGUUCGGCUCCUUCAAAGCAUUCACUCGGCUGAGGCGUCUUGAAAUCACCGAAGCAGUUGUUUCGGGAAUGCUGGACACGUGGGACGACGACUUCGGCACGGAUGCUCCUCUUCCAGUUCCCCCGCCCGACUAUUCCGAAUUGGUCGACAUCCUCCCAGCCUCUCUGGAGAGCUUGGUUAUUCAAUGCGACGUGUCAGUAUGCACCGAAUCUUCGGCCGCCCAUAAGACGCAGUUCCUACUUGCGCUCGCCCGUCACGUUGCUGACCUGCCGAGUUUCCGUCGUUUGGAGCUUCUUAUGAUGGGGGAGUAUCACACUAAGCAGACUUUCCUGGAGGAUCUCGAACGGCUUGUUGAGUUGACACAUGAUUUGGGGGUCGAAUUCGAAAUAGUCGGAUGGAAUCAAGCGAAGCACGAAGGGCUUCCGAUGGUAUAA